AUGUAUCGGAAGUUGUCUAAGUUAGAACACUCGGAAAUAAAACAACUUCUUACAGAAGCUAACAUAGAAGUAGCAACACAUUACGCAACAAACAAAAAAGCACUCGCUGACAUCCUCAAUGACUACAAUGGUGAAAUAACUUAUGAUAGAAUUCAUGAGUUCAUAAAGCCACAACGCGGCGAGGACGAAGUCCAUGCAAGAACUUUUCCUUUAAAUGACGUUGCUAUUGACUUAUAUCAUAGACGUUCAGUACCUCAUGAAGUAAGGCGUGAGAUGUUUGACAUAACAAAUGCGAACGUUGGUGAAACACGAAAGAGAGAUGACACACUGAAACAACAGAGAAGAGAGAUGUUUAAAAAUGCUAUAGAACAAGUUCGCAAAGCUAACGAUGUCAUUCGUUCCAUUGACGACAAACCAAAAGAAGGUGAGAGAUGGUUAAAGAAAGAUGAAGAGAAUAGGAAGAGAAUGUUGACAGGCAAUAGACUCAUUGACUUUAACAUCGAAGCUUUAGAUGAACCAAACAGAGACUACUUACACAAACAUUUCGGUAAGGUUUUCAUGAGACUCUUAGAGAAGAUUAAAAUAAACUCCCAACAAAGAGGAUGGU